GUAUUAUAAAUUUAAGUUUCGUAUAAAGAAAAUAAUUUCAAAUAAAAUUUCUCUUUCCUCAAACUCAAACUUCCAACUCGUAAUUACUGUUCAUAUCUUUCCUCCUCCAACAAAACCACCAGCUUCUGGCUGUAGCAACGCCUCCAGCGGCGGCGCCUCUGCCAUUGCGGGUUUCAAUUUAAAGGACUUGCGACCACCACUCCUUUCUUCCGCUGCUAUUCUCGGUGUUAACUACAGUGUAUAGGAAUAUUCGAGUACUUCAAUGUUGGAGCUUCUUAAUCAAUUCUUUGCCAAAUUUAGGAUGUCACAAGUAUAAAGUUAUAUUUCUUGUUUUGGUGAAAAUACAUCGUUAUUGACUGCUUCUUAUGGAGACGAAUGAACCACAGCAGAUGAGCGGCUCUGUACCUCCGUCAGAUGCCUCUGCGAAGAGAAAGCGAGGUCGUCCUCGGAAAGAUAGGAGUCAAAACCCUGGAAAAAGCACCCAUGUUCCAUAUAAAAGGGAUCAGAACCAUAACCAUGGCGAAGGUGCCCCUAUACCACCAGGAUUUGAAGGAGCAAAUGGGAAUCAACAACCACCAUCAGUUGAUACAAUUAAGAGCAAAAAAGAGGAAUCAGUGAUAGGCCAGAUAGUUACUGGUGUCAUUGAGGCUGUGUUUGAUGCUGGUUAUUUGCUCUCAGUUCGUAUUGGUGAUUCUGACACGAGUCUUAGAGGGCUUGUAUUCAAGCCAGGACAUUAUGUUCCUGUUUCAGCUGAAAAUGAUGUGGCCCCUAGUUUGAAAAUGAUUCGAAGAAAUGAGGUGCCUUUUCCAUCAAGAAACCAGGGUCAUAAACGUCGGGGAAGAGAGAGAAGUGACCACCAUGCUGCAUACCUGUCAAAUGGUUCACCUAGUUCUAAUCAGUUGGCUAAGGUUAGAGCUACGCCAUUGUCUAUGGUGGCAGCGCAACCGACUCACCCAGUGGGAGAAAGAGGGACUGUGGUACCAGUGAUUCUGCAGCCAUUGAGCUUGCCGAAUGGUGCAAUUCCUGCUGUUGAAGCACCUCCCAUUGCUUCUCAGCCUGCUCACUUGGCAGCCUCCAAAAUCAGGCAGCCUCCUUUAACCCAGGAGGCAGCAUCCAGGGUGUCACAGACAGAUAGCGGUUCUACUUCUCUACCUUUUGAUGACCUUGUCACUGCUGCUAAGAAAAUGCACGGAUCACCCCAGUCUGCAGAAACUCCAAGUGACAGUGGACAGUCAAGCAAAGUGUUGCCAAAUACUUCAGGGCUUACAUCAGAAAAAGACCAGGACUUGAGUAAGCCCCUGUUGGUUAAGCCCCUCCAAGCGAUUCGUUCAAACACCCAAGAUCAGUCCGCAUCAAUACCCCACACUUUUCCCGAGAGAAGAACAGGCAAGAUGACAGAACUGCUUUUGGCUGUACAAGAAAAUUUGGUGGAGAGGCCGGUGCCUGAAAGUCACCAUCAAGAAUUCAAGAGCCCGGAAAUUUGAAUUGAGGAACUGAAUGAUCAUGGAAAACCGAUCUUCACAAUGGAUGAAAAGUUUGCUUGAAGACCACAUUUCCUCAUCAACUGCUAUCUUGUACAACAGGACCGAUCGAACAUCUCAACUUCCUUCUAGUUUGGUCAAGACAGUCUGUCAUAAAGCAGCUAUGAAAGGAUGAUCAUCUAUUCUAGACUCUGUGCGCAAUUUUCCAAGCUGCUCGAGCACACUAUCCUGUACAAGGCAAAGACAAGAGUUUUUUCAUUCAUUUGUACAUCGUUUGUAAUAACUGUAUGAUUAUGUUUAUUAGUAGCUCCAUCAAAUUGUUACGUUUAGAAGACGUUUAGUUUGGGUACUUGACUGCUGUGUGGUCUUAAGUUAUAGGGAGUACUCGUAGAUGGACUAUUCGAUCAUGGAUAAGGAGAAGAAAGAAAUCAAGUACAUGAAAGGGUUUCAUUGAUAA